AUGAUCCGAAACUGUCCUGGUCGAUACAUUAUCCAGCACAAGAAGAAGAAUCCUUUCUUGAUCGACAAAGUGCCAGUGACUUCGAUCGAAACGGGAGACUUCGUUUGGAACGCACUUGCAACAGUGGAAGGUGAUGUGCCAUCUAUCGUUGUGCACGACUUGGAGAGUCCACGGUGCGUCGACCGUGUCAAGGUUGUGGUUUUUGGCGCAGAAGGUUGUGGUGGAGGGGUUAUCACUUACUGUAAGCAAGACCACGAUGGAGCUUUUAUCUACGUACACACACUCAACACUGCAUCAGGCUUACGCAGGAAGCUAGGUGGCCUACAGAUAGACCACGUCCUCAAACUUUAA